AUGGCCAGCAGCACAACCCCAAGUCCGGCAACCUGCCAAUCGAACUUCGAACAGGGCGUCGCACUCUCCCUGCACCUCUGGGAAGCCCUAACCGUGGCCGUGCAGAACAACUGGGGCGGCCCAGACUCGUCCGACAAGCGCGACUGGUUCGCGGGCGCCAUCGUCGAUCUCUUCCCGGACGUCUCGAGACUCACGCCUGCGCAGCUGCAGCAGCGGAUAACACAGCAGCAACAACAACAGCAACAACCCACCCAGCAACCCCAAGUAAUCAUCAUGGCAGGCAACGCGGAAGAGCCAGACCAAGAAGACGUUGAGACCGUCCUCCUCCAGGUGAUGCUCGACGAAUUCGAGGUCAACGUCGACGAUGACUCGGCGUUUGAGGUGGCCGAGCAGGUGGUGCGGAUUCGCGGAGAGUGCCUGCGGGGCAAGUUUGACGGAGUGGAGGCGCUGCGGAGGAGGUGGGAGGCCCGCAAGGGGAGCAAGGUCGUAAUGAAGAAGGCCGAGGACCAGGACGACGAGACGGAUUGGGAUACGGAUGAUGAUGAUGAUGAUGAGCAGGAAGCGGACGGUGACGGUGACAAUGAUGUCGAGAUGGGCGAUGCGCCCGCGCUUGCGAGGAAGGAGAGGCAGGAGCCUGAGGUGGACGAGGAUGGGUUUACUAAGGUUACGAGAAAAAAGAGGUAG